GCGGAGGCGGGUGCGGCGCUGAUUGGCUGUGGCGCCGCUCGGUCCCGCCCGCGGCAGCAGGGUUUGGUUGAGCGCUGUUUGUGCGCUCGGGGCCGCGCCGGGAGCGACCGGAGGAGAGCCGAGGGAUCGGUGCCUUCCCAGCUCUCCAGCGGGUCCGGCAGCACUGGGGCCAUGACGAGCCGUGGGGCCGCCAGGCCCAACGGGCAGUCCCAGGCCAGUAAGAUCUGCCAGUUCAAACUGGUGCUGCUGGGAGAGUCGGCCGUGGGCAAGUCCAGCCUCGUGCUGCGCUUCGUGAAGGGGCAGUUCCACGAGUACCAGGAGAGCACCAUCGGGGCGGCGUUCCUGACCCAGUCCGUGUGCCUGGACGACACGACGGUGAAGUUCGAGAUCUGGGACACGGCGGGGCAGGAGCGCUACCACAGCCUGGCCCCCAUGUACUACCGGGGCGCCCAGGCCGCCAUCGUGGUCUACGACAUCACCAACCAGGAAACGUUCGCGCGGGCGAAGACAUGGGUGAAGGAGCUGCAGAGACAAGCCAGCCCCAGCAUCGUCAUCGCCCUGGCCGGCAACAAGGCCGACCUGGCCAGCAAACGCAUGGUGGAGUACGAGGAGGCGCAGGCGUACGCGGACGACAACAGCCUGUUGUUCAUGGAGACGUCGGCCAAGACAGCCAUGAAUGUGAACGACCUCUUCUUGGCCAUCGCCAAGAAGCUGCCAAAGAACGAGCCCCAGAGCACGAGCGGCGCCGGGGGCCGGAGCCGGGGCGUGGACCUGCACGAGCAGAGCCAGCAGAACAGGAGCCAGUGCUGUAGCAACUGAGCCAAGAUCCCACCUCCGUCCCCGUCCACGCCGCACCUCCACCCCGGCACCGAGACCCCCCAACCAGGACCCUCCCAGAGCUCCUCUAACUGCACUUUUUAAUGCUUCGAAGCCACCACUCGGCACCCGAUCCCACCUGGCACCCGAUCCCACCUGGCACCCGAUCCCACCUGGCACCCGAUCCCACCGGCUCCCGAUCCCACCUGGCACCUGAUCCCACCUGGCACCCGAUCCCACCUGGCACCUGAUCCCACCGGCUCCCGAUCCCACCCCCCCACCCACCCCCCCGGAGGCAGCGGAGCCAGAUCAGCUGGGACUUAACUUCUGAGAAACAACGAACUCUUCUUCACUUUGUAUUAUAGGUGCAAAUAGCGCCCUAACGCUCGGAUUCCUCCCUCCAUCGCCCCCUCUCCCCCUCCCUCUCUGCUUUGGGAAAUCUGGCUUCCCCAACCUGCCCCCUCCUGCCCCCACCCCGUGGGGGGGGUCCCCGGGGGGCGGCAGCACCGACCUCGCUGCGCCGAACCGGCCGGAACCAGAGCCCUCCGGAGCCGACGGGGCUUUUCCAGGGGGUCUGGCACGGAUUUCUCCGGAGUUUUUAUUAUUUUCUCCCCCCUCCUCUUUCCCGUUGGGCUGUCGGGGAGAGGGAAGCUGCAGUGUCCUUCAUUUCUUCCGAGGUGGCCUUUUUGAUGGAAGAUUGGAAGUGCCUGGGGACUUUUUCUGGGAGGGGGGCAGUGGGUUCCUGCUGGACCCCGAGUGCUGCAGGCGACCCCUCCCCAGUGCCCGCCCUCACUCCGCUGUGUUAUGGCUCUGUGGGCACAUCCCCACAGUCACCCCAGCUGUGGCCACCCCACAGUGGUGUCCCCAUGGUCACCCUGGCUGUGACCACCCCACAGUGGUGUCCCCAUGGUCACCCCAGCUGUGGCCACCCCACAGUGGUGUCCCCAUGGUCACCCCGGCUGUGACCACCCCACAGUGGUGUCCCCAUGGUCACCCCAGCUGUGACCACCCCACAGUGGUGUCCCCAUGGUCACCCCAGCUGUGGCCACCCCACAGUGGUGUCCCCAUGGUCACCCCAGCUGUGACCACCCCACAGUGGUGUCCCCAUGGUCACCCCAGCUGUGGCCACCCCACAGUGGUGUCCCCAUGGUCACCCCAGCUGUGGCCACCCCACAGUGGUGUCCCCAUGGUCACCCCGGCUGUGGCCACCAUGUCCCCCUGGUGAUCCUGGCUGUGGUGGCCCCCCAGGUGCCCGCAGUGAUCCCACCCUGUGGGUGACAUCCCCCCAGUGCUGCUGGUGGCCACCCCACAGGUGAGGUGAUCCCUGCUGUGGCCGCCCCACGGGCGAUGUCCCCCUGCUCAUCCUGACCUCGGUGACCUUGGCCACACCCCACAGGCUGUCCCCUGGUGAUCCCAACCCACGUCCACGUCCCCCUGGUGCUCCCACCGCUCUCCACGGUUUGUCCUGGUCCUGGUUUGCACUUUAGUGGUGAAAUGUCCUGUUGGGACUCACCUCGGUUCUGUUCGUGUGUCAGGGGGUGCCGGGGGGGCAGCGGUGCCACCACCCCCCCCUUGUCCCUCUGCUUUUCCCUACGGAACUUCUGGAGCUGGAGGGCCCCUCAGUGGUGGGGUGGGACAGGCAGGGUCCCCCGUCCCAGGUGCUGCCACACAAGGGGACACCCCAAAAUGUGGACACCCCAAAUCAGGGACACCCCAAACUGGCAGCACCCCCCUGGGCCUGGCUCCCUGCUGGCAGCGUGGGGGGCUCUGGGGACCCCUCGGGCCCGGGGGAACUGGGGGGGCCGUGGCUGUGGGGCAGAGGGACCAGUCUCAUAUGAAGCCCCCCAGCGCGGGGGCAGAGCCCACAGGAUUUCAGCCCCUCCCGCUGCCGGGGCAGCCCCCCAGGGACCCUCUGGCCGCCGUCCUGGUGCUCCCAGUGAUUCAUGUCACGGCCUGGGAGCCCCCCGAGUGGGUGACACGUAUUUAACAAGGGCUGGGGACCCCAGAGCCCCUCCCCAUCUUCUAGCCCAAACCCUGGACCAAAUGAGGGACACUGCAGCUUCUCUCACUCUUUUUUUUUUUCUCUUUUUUUCUGCUUUUUCUCUUAUUAUUGUUAUUAUUUUUGCUUUGGGAAAGCUCCUCCAUCGCAGUGAAAUAACAAUCGUGGUAACAGAACUCGGCCGCUAA